AUGCCAGCCAACUUACUUUUCUGUGUCGCGGAGGAGGCCAAACCUUUUAUACCUCGGGCUACGCGUGAAUACUCUACAGAUCCGACAUUCCCGCCCUUAUACUAUCUCGUUGAAUCAAAAGUCUGCCCGAAUAGCGGAGAGGGAUUUAAGAGUAAGCUCCAGGACUGCGAGACAUUCCAAUCGGAAUUCAUCGGUGCCUCUAUCGAGGAAUGCCAAGACUGGGCAAAAUCAAACUGGGAGCAAUUCAACUUCAUCGAACCGUGCGUCAUCGCCAUUGCAGAUGAGCGUAGCGCCCGAGAUGGUACUCUGCUUAUGAGCUACUACUGUCCAGUGGUUGAUGACCCAGAAGAUUUGGAAUUUGAAGGAUGGGGACGUCUUCCUCCAAAGGACGACACCUGGUACAACUUUAGAAUCGAGCAUCGUGCGGCCGAUCAGUUCAUCAUUUGUAUUACGGGGUCCCCGAUCGAUACGGCCAUGGAGACCUAUUUCGGACGUCCGGAGAAAUUUACCAACGGCGCUGGCGUUUUUGAUGUGUUCAAAGCACUCUCUUAUGUUCGCGGAGAGGGGAGUGAUCAGGAAUUUUAA